AUGGAUUUGAAUUCAGAUGAAUUUUUUUUUGGUAUAAACAAGUCUUUGUACUUUAAAACUGAAGAAUAAAAGAAUGAAAUGAAAAAAAUGGAUCCAGAGUACAUUACGAAGACGUAUGAUAUAAUAAAAUGUUAAGUGGAACCGAUUUCGUAUUAUUGCCCAAUUCUCCUGAAUUCAUAAACCACAACGAACCAUUUGAACCUAUGUAUAUACCAAAACAAACAAUUCUGGAGGAAAGUCUAAGACGAGAGAUUGAAAGGAUAUGUUUUGCAGAUACUUUGUUAAAUAAAGUAGUUUUCGAUUGUGCAGAUCCUAGUCCUUUUAAUAAAGUAAAAUAGUGAAAAAAUGUUAAUUUUUAUAGGAUACUGAUCCAAAUGUCUAUGGAUUAGAGGUAUUGCCUUUUUAUAUACCUUAAACAAAAGAAGACACAACUUUAGUUUUUGAAAGCAGAUUUGAAAGUGGGAAUCUAAGAAGAGCAAUUUAGAUGUAAAAAUGAAUAAAGAAUGUUAGAUGCGAUUAUGAAUAUAAUCUAAUUCUCAAACCAGAUUAUUACACAACAAUGAAUACUUAAUGGUUUUACUUCUCAUUAUCAAAUACAAGAAAGGAUGUUGAAUAUCGGUUCAAUAUAAUAAAUAUGAUGAAGCCUGAUUCGUUGUACAAUUCAGGAAUGAAGCCGUUAAUGUAUUCGGAAUAAGGAGCCAAACAUAAAAGUAUCAUAUUAAAAUAUAUAUUUAGAAAUCGGUUGGUUCAGAGAUGGGCAUGAAAUAUGUUAUUACUAAAACAAUAUGAAAAGAAAGAAUGGUGGGUAUUAUUACACUUUGACAUUUGCAGUCAAAUUCCAAUAUGACUUUGAUUGCAUCUAUAUAGCUCAUUGUUAUCCUUAUACAUAUACUCAUUUGUGUAGGUAUCUGAAAUAAUUGGAAUCUGAUCCUGCAAAAAAGAAUAGAGUGAAAAGAAAACAACUUUGUUAGACUAUUGCUGGUAAUACUUGUGAUUUCUUGAUUAUUGGUGAUUUUAAUAAUGGGAAGGAGAAGAAGGGAAUUGUUAUUACAUCUCGAGUUCAUCCAGGAGAAACGAUGGCUAGUUAUGUUAUGGAGUAUAUGAUAGAUUUCUUAACUGGUAAUACUCAUGAAGCCAGAAUCUUGAGAGAGAAUUUUAUAUUUAAAAUUGUGCCCAUGCUUAAUAUUGAUGGAGUUGUAAAUGGAAAUUAUAGAUGUAAUUUAGCAGGUGUUGAUUUAAAUAGAUAAUGGAUAGAUCCUAAUAAAAAAUAACAUCCCACUAUUUAUCAUACCAAAUAAUUAGUUAAGAAAACAAAAGAGGAAAGAGACCUGGUGUUAUUUUGUGAUAUCCAUGGUCAUUCAAGGAAGAAGAACAUAUUCAUGUAUGGGUGUUCAGGAAAGGAUCCAAAUCGAAAAGAAUUAGUGUUCCCUAUGCUCAAUAGAAAUAAUUGUAGUGUCUUCUCAUUCAAAGAUUGUUGUUUCUUACUCUAGAAAGAUAGAGAAGGGUCUGCAAGAGUAAUUAUGAAUUAUCAUUUCCUAAGAUUGCUCUGUGGAGAGAAUUCUCAAUAAUUAAUUGCUAUACACUUGAAAUGUCAUUUUGUGGAGCUGAUUUUGGUAAAUACGAGUACUUUCAUUUUAAUUUGGAUAUCUACAAAGAAAUAGCUUAAUCAUUUUGUUUGUCUAUAAUCGAUUGCUAUGAACCAGAAUAGAUCAAAGUUAAAUAGGUGAUGGAAGAGAUUGAGUAGAACAGUCUAAAGAAUCAACAAAAAGAUGAUAAGAACAAUUCAGGAGAUGAAGGAUCCGAUUACUCUAAUGAUGAUCCAAAGGAGUAAGCAAUGCCCCAGUAAAUUCAAGUUUAGACAAAUGAUUAAUGUAAUUACUUAUUAUUCUAUAUGUAGAAUUGGGUUCAUAGACCAAAAAACUUAAAAAAAUACCACUUCUGCCCCCAAAGAAGAAAAAAGGACUAUGA